AUGUGGUGUACGCGGCUCUGGUUAUGCCUUGUACUAGCCCUGGUGCUGGGGGUGUAUGGCGAUGUCGACCCGAUUGUCAUCCAGCCAACGCUAAUGUUGUCCAGUUUCAUCAAAGGCCUAGCAUACCAAUCAUAUUCCGGGGAUACGGCGACACUCGACAUCUCAUCCACAGACUACUUGGCAGUGCAAACAGCGUGCAGUCGCGAUGUACCUGUGUUUCAAGAGCUCGGGAUCAACACCAUCACUCUCUACAACGUCGACGCAACACAAGACCAUGACUAUUGCAUGAAUCUGUUACAGGAAGCCGGCAUAUAUGUCAUUCCGUAUCUGCGAGAAUUGAAUACGGUUGGCAUAAGUUCAUCAUGGACAGCCGAGGAUUUCUCGGAGAAGACCGCUAUUGUCGACGCGUUUGCCUCGUACAACAAUGUUCUCGCAUUCCUCGUCGAUGUGGAGACAAUCCAAGAAGACAGCAAUACAACUUCGACCCCGUUCUUCAAAGCAGCUGUGCGGGAUGUCAAGGCAUACAUCGCGAGCCAAGGAUACCGAAGCAUCCCUGUGGGGAUCGAUUCCGAUUCAUUCCCGGAAUGGGGACAGGACACUUUGGAUUACUUCAACUGCCAAAACAGCUCUGACUCGGUGGACAUUUAUGGUGCAUCUCUCUAUACAUGGUGUGGGAACGCAACCAUGGAAAGCAGCGGCUGGGACGAGUUCACAGAUAUGAUCAAAAACUACUCUAUCCCUGUUUUCAUGGCGGAAUAUGGCUGUAACGGCCAGACAACUUUUACUGAAGUCGCUGCCCUCUAUGGGACAGAAAUGACACCGUAUUGGUCGGGCGGAGUUCUCUACACAUACGCAGGGGUUGAUUAUGGCCUGGUCAACGUCAGUGGUCAGACAGUCGACAAGGGCGAGACGUAUUCAGCGUUUUCAAGUCAAUUAGCCAGUGUGACACUUUCUCCAACGAAUGCAGCAUCAUAUACGCCCAGUAAUACCGCUACGCCAUCAUGUCCAUCGGUGGUGUCUACAUGGGAAGCAUCGCCGACACUCCCUCCGCAGCCAGAUGCCGACUUCUGCGACUGCUCACUUCGCCAAAGCUACUGUCAAGUGCAGCCGGAUCUCAACAGUACAGUACAAGAUGAGAUUGUAUCCUACAUAUGCGGAACGGAUAUCAACCUGUGUUCGGGGUUGCUUGUCAACUCAACCAUUGGUGAAUACGGUAUAUACACAAUGUGCAACACCACGACAAUGCUGUCGCUAUUGAUAAGCAACAAUACACAAGCAGCCUCAAGCACGGAUUCGGACGAUCAAGACUCGUACACCAGUGCUGCACAGUGUGCCGCUUCUGGGUCAACGAAUUCUUCCAGUGGCUCAAGUAGUAAUUCGCAGAGCAGUGGAAUCAGCAAAGGAGCAAUAGCCGGAAUCGUCGUCGGGGUCGUAGCUGGUAUAGCAAUCAUAGCAGGGGCAGUUGUAAUUGUGGUCCGCCGACAGAGAGCGAGAAAUGGUGCGCAGCAGGAGAAGAGCACCGACAACACUGGUCCCCCAGAACUGCCAGCUGGGGGAUCAUAUGAGACUGCUGAAUUGCCUGCCGCUCAGCCAGUAGCUGUGGAAUUACACAGCGAUGCUCCUCCUGUUGAAUUGCCCGCUGAAAUGCCUGCUGGGCGAUAA